GUAAUCUUCUGAACACAAUAGCCGGGCUGUAAUCUGCCACAUAUAUAUAUAUAUAUAUAUAUAUAUUAUAUAUAUAUGUAUAUAUAGAAGAGAGAGGAGCAAGGUUAGUAACAAGAAGGGGAAAAGGACAGCAGUGCCAGUAGUUAAUGGCCAGUGAGGACGAAUCGGCAGUCCGAAUUUUUCACGCGGUGGAGAUAAGCAGCGGAUUCCGUGACGAUGACGCGAGGAUGCCGGCCCCAUCUCUGGCGUUCUCCUCCAAUUUCUCCUUCCUCUUUUCCUCCUCUCUCUCUCUGCUUUUGGGCAUUCAAGCACGAGGAAAAGCCUAUGGCACGGAAUUGAAGUCCUGCUUAGAGGGAAGGAACAGAAACUACAGCUUGCUCCGUGUAUCCGCCGCGCCCAACUUGGGGGCGCAUGGGCGUGACGGAAAGAGUGACUACGCCAGGGAGAUACUGUCACUGGCACAGCACCCGGACACGGUGCGGCGGAUCAAGGGGCUGAGACGGAGGAUACAUGAGAGCCCGGAGCUGGCGUACGAAGAGUUCGAGACGAGUAGGCUCAUCAGGGAGGAGCUCGACAGGAUGGGAGUGGACUACCGGUGGCCGCUGGCGGAGACAGGCGUCGUGGCGACCAUCGGGACCGGCGGCCCGCCCUUUGUUGGUCUCAGAGCGGACAUGGAUGCGCUGCCGAUUCAGGAGGCUGUUGAUUGGGAGCACAAAAGCAAGGUUGCAGGCAAAAUGCAUGCUUGUGGGCAUGAUGCACACGUAGCAAUGCUUCUCGGAGCUGCAGAUAUAUUGAAGAAGCGGGAGCAUCAUCUGCAGGGAACGGCUGUACUUCUUUUCCAGCCUGCUGAAGAAGCAGGUAUAGGUGCUAAACGCAUGAUUGAGGAUGGUGCGCUUGAAAAUGUAGAGGCUAUAUUUGCUGUUCAUGUGUCACACCAGCAUCCUACUGCUGUAAUUGGAUCCAGGCCUGGGCCAUUACUUGCUGGCUGUGGAUUCUUUAGAGCAGUCAUCACAGGAAAAGGUGGUCAUGCGGGUAUUCCACAUCAUUCGAUUGACCCUGUUUUAGCUGCAUCUUCUGCAGUAAUUAGCUUGCAAAGCCUUGUCUCUCGUGAAGCAAAUCCUCUGGAUGCACAGGUUGUCUCAGUGGCAUCGUUUGAAGGAGGUGACAGCCUCAACAUAAUUCCUGACUCUGUUAUUUUAGGAGGCACUUUCCGGGCAUUUUCCAGUGAAAGCUUCUAUAAUCUCCGGCAUAGGAUUGAAAAGGUAAUUGUAGGGCAGGCUGAGGUGUACAGAUGCACAGCAGUUGUGGAUUUCUUUGAGAAAGAAGGAAGGAUAUAUCCUCCAACAGUCAAUGACAUCAGUAUGGAUCGACAUGUUAGGAAUGUGGCCGCUGACAUAGUGGGUCCUGAGAAAUAUAAGGUGGUGCUUCCCAUGAUGGGAGCUGAAGACUUCUCUUUUUACUCGGAGGUGAUUCCAGCAGCUUUUUAUUACAUAGGCAUAAGGAAUGAGACACUGGGUUCAACUCAUUCUGGUCAUUCACCAUAUUUUACCAUUGAUGAAGAUGCACUCCCAAUUGGUGCUGCUUUUCAUGCUGCAAUAGCUGAAAAAUACUUGGAUGAGCACGCAUAAUGCUGCGAUUUUGCAAUGCUUCUAUUGGUUGGAGAUCUUCUGAGAGCUUGAAAAUGACUAACAUGGGAAAGAAAAAUGGCGAAGAUGGUAUGAUUUUAUACCAGCUUGUUAAAAAGUUUUGUGAAUAUUAUUUCUGGUGGGUUAUUUCACCAGUAUUCCUGGCUGUAUUAUGGUUCUUUUGCUUAUGAAUUGUUAAUAUGAACGCCACCUCUUCGACCUACUUGAGGGAGCAAGCUUUCAUGGCAUCUUUCUGCCAACAAGCAUUUGGCUUGUUAAUCCUCGAUAUCUCAUAUUGGGCAUCUGAACAUGGGAAAUGAUGUUGGAGAAGCAACUGCAGACCUUCACGCUCACUGUAUUCCCUAUUCUAGUGUGAUGAAGAAACUAUGAACUAACGCUUGUUAUCCCAACUUCAUGGGAUCUUGUUCACUGGCUCAUGUCCACUGACAUUGUAUAUUGAAAAGUUUCCAUUUUGUAUAAAAAUUUUGUUUUUCAUUCUAA